CUCAAACUGAUAAUACUUCAAAACGUGAACAUCAAUGUUGUCCAAGCGUACACUUACACGCAGCAAAUUACAGUACUGAAUGCUUUCCCUUCACCUAGGUUCUGUCCGAGAGCGCCAAGAAACUCUAAUCAAGAGGGGAUAGUAGGUAAUUGCGAUCGGUCCAUCGAAAAAAAAACAGGGUUACACGCGAAAUUGGAUCGAAAGAAAGCCGGAAAAAAUUGAUGCUUUCAAUCGAUCGGCCACGGAAGGAGAGUAAUGACCAAACGAAGCGAAAGAGCAAAAUCAUGCGGUAAAGAUGAUAGCAAUCAUAAUAAUUGAUUACACGUAUACCUCCUUCAAUUUAUUUAUCAAAAUCUUCACCCGUAUUCGUUCCGUCCGAGUUUGGGUGAAACCGCCGACAAAAAAUGUACAAGAAGACAUUGCGCUGCUGUGUGUAAUGUGCCACGAAGGUGGAAGAAAAGAAAAUAAUGUAAAACGAUCUUAUGCGAGAGAGCCAGAGAGUAGUAGAUGAUCGUGUGAGAGAGUCUCUCACCAAAAACUUCGUUUUCCGUUUGAAUGGCAGCCUUUCGGGUCCGAAUUCUCGACUCUCGGGAUCAGUUCAGUUCCGACCAACAACCGCGAAAGGCAGACCCCACGAUCGGUGCCGUUCUGUAGCGCGAUCACCAGUUUCACUCACUCUCUCUCUCGGCGCGGUGGACUUUCUUUGCGCUUCUCUGCUCUGUGUUCGAUGAGGGCACACAAGCUCCAACUGUCCGAGUUUAUUUUUUCGAACGAACCGGAAGGCACGCCGGAACUACCGGCCGCCAAUCGAGCGCUAUUCCUGGAGAAAGUGCGCCAAUCAAACACUGCCUGCCAAAAUGGGGACUUUACCACGGCAGUGCAGCUCUACACCGAUGCCCUCGCAUUGGACCCCAGCAAUCACAUACUCUUCAGUAAUCGAUCAGCAGCUCGGCUCAAGCAGGGUCAGUUCGCGUUGGCCCUUCAGGAUGCCACAAGGGCCAGAGAACUUUGCCCUCAAUGGCCAAAGGCCUACUUUCGACAAGGCGUUGCGCUGCAGUGUCUCGGACGAUACGGUGAAGCACUGGCAGCGUUCAGCUCGGGUCUCGCUCAGGACCCAAACUCGAAGCAGCUGCUCGCGGGGCUUGUGGAGGCCUCGAUCAAGAGUCCACUUCGACAUGCCCUCGAGCCCACGUUCCAGCAGUUGAAAGCCAUGAAACUAGAUCAAUCGCCAUUCGUAGUGAUAUCAGUGGUCGGACAAGAAUUACUCGGUGCCGGGCAGUACCAUUCCGCAGUGACAGUGCUAGAAUCGGCCCUCCGGAUAGGGUCGUGUUCCCUCAAGUUACGAGGGUCAGUGUUCAGUGCUCUCAGUUCGGCCCAUUGGGCGCUCAACCAGUUAGACAAAGCUAUCGCGUACAUGCAACAGGACUUGGCUGUUGCGAAAAGUCUCGGUGAUACCGCGGGUGAAUGUCGUGCUCAUGGAAAUCUCGGUUCAGCUUACUUCAGUCAGGGAUCCUACAAGGAAGCCCUUACAUCUCACCGUUAUCAACUGGUCCUGGCAAUGAAGUGCAAGGAUACUCAAGCUGCCGCAGCUGCUCUUACAUCUCUGGGGCAUGUCUACACCGCUAUUGGAGAUUACCCAAAUGCCCUAGCUUCCCACAAACAGUGCGUUCAACUCGUCAAACAAAUGGGUGAUCGCCUCCAGGAAGCUCGCGAAAUAGGAAACGUCGGUGCCGUCUACCUAGCCAUGGGCGAAUUUGAUUCCGCCGUCGAUUGCCAUACUCAACACCUUCGUCUAGCUCGAAAGCUUGGAAAUCAAGUAGAGGAAGCUCGAGCUUACAGCAACCUCGGCUCCAGCUAUCACUACAAACGAAACUUUACUCAGGCCAUCACCUAUCAUGAAAAUGUCCUUCGGAUAGCGCAACAGCUUGGUGAUCGAGCAAUCGAGGCUCGUGCUUAUGCUGGGCUUGGUCACGCUGCCCGGUGUGGCCACGACUUCCAUCAAGCCAAACGAUGGCACGAAAAGCAGCUAGAAAUGGCCUUAGCCGCUCGCGACAAAGUUGGUGAAGGUCGUGCCUGCUCCAAUCUUGGAAUCGUCUAUCAACUUCUCGGCGAACACGACGCCGCCCUAAAACUUCAUCAAGCUCACCUGACCAUCGCUCGACAACUGCAAGACAAAGCAGGAAUGGGGCGAGCUUACGGUAACAUCGGCAAUGCAUACUCCGCAGCUGGUUUCUACGAACAAGCCAUCAAAUACCACAAACAAGAACUAAUCAUCAGCAAAGAAGUGCACGAUCGCAGCGCAGAGGCUUCCACUCACGGAAAUCUAGCAGUAGCCUACCAGGCACUUGGCGCCCACGAUAUGGCCCUAAUGCAUUACCGAGCCCACCUGAACAUAGCCCGCGAAUUGAAAGACACCGCGGGUGAAGCCUGCGCACUCCUCAAUCUCGGAAACUGCUUGAGCUCCCGACAAGAAUUCGCCCAAGCAGUCCCGUACUACGAACAAUACCUGAUGCUGUCGCAAGAACUCGGCGACGUCGCAGCCGAAGGCAAGGCAUGUCACUUCCUCGGCUACGCGCAUUACUGCAUCGGAAACUACCGCGAAGCGGUGCGCUACUACGAUCAGGACCUAGCGCUAGCCAAGGACCUCCAGAACAAAAUGAACAUGGGACGAGCCUACUGUAAUCUUGGGCUGGCCCACCUGGCUCUGGGAAACACAGCCGGUGCUUUGGAGUGUCAGAAGUACUUCCUGGCUAUUGCGCACAUGACCAAUCACCUCCCGGGCAAGUUCCGUGCUCUGGGAAAUAUCGGUGACGUCUUAAUCAGAAUGGGCGACGUGGACGAAGCGAUCAAAAUGUACCAACGACAGCUGUCUCUCGCGAGGCAAGCACGAGAACGUGGAAUGGAAGCUGCUGCUUGCGGAGCGCUUGGUUUGGCCCACCGACUACUAAAGAAGUUCGACAAAGCCUUGGGGUACCACACGCAAGAGCUAACGCUAAGACAGGAGAUGGGUGAUCUUCCUGGCGAGUGCCGAGCCCACGGGCAUCUUGGAGCAGUCCAUAUGGCCCUCGGAAAUUACACGCACGCUGUUAAGUGCUAUCAAGAACAGUUGGAAAGGGCACAAGAGUUGCAGGACUCGGCGGUGGAGGCGCAAGCAUUUGGUAAUCUUGGAAUUGCGAGGUUAAAUAUGGGUCAUUAUGAAGAUGCGAUCGGAUACUUGGAGCAACAGUUGGGAACGUUGGAGCAAGUGAAUACGCCUACGGCUCAGCAUGAUCGUGCUCGGGCUUUAGGACAUUUAGGGGAUUGUUACGACGCGCUUGGCGAUUACCAUGCGGAAGCGAUCAAGUGCCACGAUCGUCAUCUAGCGUUGGCGAUCGCACUGCAAAGUCCACGCGAUCAGGAACGUGCCUAUCGGGGAUUGGGAAAUUGUUACAAAUCGGUUGGCAACCUGCAAGAAGCUCUUGUGUGUUUGGAGAAGAGACUGGUAGUGUCCCACGAGUUGGGUAAUCCGGAAGCGAAGGCUGCGGCCUACGGUGACUUGGGAAGUAUUCAUAGUGCACUCGGAAAUUACGAACAAGCAAUCAACUGUUUGGAACAUCAGCGAGAUAUUGCGAGGGAGUUGGGCGAUCGGGCCUUGACUUCGGACGCUAUAAGUGGAUUGGGAGCAGUGUUCCAUCAGAUGGGAGAUUAUGAAGGGUCUCUGCGAUUGCACAAACAGGACUUGGAGUUGUGUGAAAAUAUGGGUCAUGCUGCUCUGCAAGCAAGAUCGUGUGGAAAUUUGGGUUCAGUGUAUGAAUCGUUGAAGAACUACGCCGAAUCAGUGAGACAUUUCGAGAAACAGUUGUCUUUGACGACUGAUCGUCUGACGAAGGCUCAUGCAUGUUUGUCGUUGGGUCGAGUUUAUCACACUAUGGAACAAGUGUCACAGGCGGUCAGUUUCCUGAGGCAGGGCUUGGCCAUUGUGCAGUCCUUGAACAAACUAGAAGACGAAGCAAAGAUCCGUUACCGUUUGGGUCUCUCACUGCUCGCAUCCGGAGAUGAAGACAACUCUCGGCAGCAGAUGGAAAGCGCCGCCCAGAUUUUAGAAUCGAUUAGAAGUGAUCAGGUCACUCCGGAAGCAAGGACAACUCUGUACGACUUGCAAACGUCCUGUUAUCAGACACUGCAGAGAGUCCUCGUCAAUAUGGGACGAAAUGAAGAAGCUCUUGUAGCUGCGGAACGUUGUCGCUCACGGAUGGGCGCUGACUCAAACCAAAGUGCGGAGAAUUCAUUGAACAAUCGGAAGACUCUGCUUACUUGUAGCGAGUACAUCUUCGACACGGUCAACAAGAGUAAGACCAACAUCAUCUACUACAGCUUGGCAGGUAGCGAACUGUACGCGUGGUUCCUGUCGCCGCAGAAGCGAAUCGUGCGAUUCCACGUGGCGAAAAUCGACGAACAGACGCUGCAGAUGAAGAAGAAACCCUCGGGCGGCGAAAACGGAAACGCGUGUGAAAGUUUAUUGGAUCAGUAUAUCAACUUUGUGCGCGACAGUUUGGGCGUGAACUCCGGAAGUGUGCUGCAGGAAGGCGACGGCAGUGGUUGGAAAUCUUCGAAUGAGAAUCUGAUCGAUGAUUUCGCCAACGAGCGAGCAGGUUUCCUGAGAAUGGUCAACCGGAACCAUUUGCUCAAUUCGAGUAACUACUCGCUGAGUUCAUUGUUCAGCUUGGGAAGCGUUGGUGGAUCGGUGGCUAGCUUGCAAGGAUCUACCAGAUCCAUUGGAAGCUUGCAAGGAUCAACAAGAUCUAGAAGAUCCAACAUGCUCCCACCAUGGCAAGGGCCAUCUUGCCUUCACGUUUUGUAUAACUUGCUUUUAGCGCCAUUUGAAGAUCUACUUCCAGAUAUCAGCACCACAUCUCGAAUCGGUCGCCGUGAGCUGAUCUUGGUUCUGGAAAAAGAACUCUACCUUGUGCCGUUUGCGAUCCUUCGAAGUGGUGACGAAUCCGGAGAAUAUCUCUCCGAACGAUGCUCCUUAUUGACUGUUCCAUCGCUUCAUACUCUCAGGCAAAAGAGUCGCACCAAGACCCGGGAACCUGCUGAAGGUCUCAACAGUGCCCUGGUCGUCGGAGGACCGAAAAUCCCUUCGUCUCUGUCGGAAACCUGGGGCUGGAGCGAAUCACCUGCCUCCCUACAAGAAGCCGCCAUGGUUUCGGAUAUGUUGAACACGAAACCGCUCGUGUCCUGCAGUGCCACUAAGGAGACCAUCGUUUCUGAACUGACCUCCGCAGAGUGUGUCCACUUUGCUGCGAACGUUAGCUGGAAGCUGGGCGCCGUCAUUCUGAGUCCCGGUGAAGUAUUGGAUUCUCAAUCGCAGAAACGAUUCUACCCGAAUUCUUCAGGAGAAAUUGAAAACGAUGAAGACAAUGCCGAUCUGUCCUCAACCAAUAUGGAGAUUCCCCCACUGUCGGACUUCAUUCUGAGUGCCGCAGAUCUACUGGCCAUGAAACUUAGCGCUAAACUGGUAGUGUUAAGCUCGUAUCACUCUGUUGAACCGAUCACUGGUACUGGUGUCGCAAACCUUGCCGGAAGCUGGUUGUUUGCAGGCACUGGAGCAGUUCUGGUGUCCCUGUGGCCAGUUCCGGAAACGGCAGCGAAGAUUCUGCUGAGGGCUUUCUAUUCAGCCCUUUUGCAAGGAACGCGAGCUGCUAAGGCUCUUGCAGAAGCUAUGCAGACUGUUCAGCAUACGAAGCACUUUGCUCACCCGGCCAACUGGGCCGGAUUCAUCUUGAUCGGAGGCAAUGUACGCCUGUCUAACAAGGUCGCUUUGAUCGGACAGGCUCUGUGCGAACUGAUGCGAACUCCGGACAAGUGCCGAGAUGCUCUAAGAGUUUGUCUGCAUCUCGUGGAAAAGAGUCUGCAGCGGAUCCAUCGGGGACAGAAGAAUGCCAUGUACACGACCCAGAAGAGCAUCGAGAACAAGGCCGGUCCAGUAGUCGGUUGGAAAGACCUUUUGAUGGCCGUCGGAUUCCGCUUCGAACCGGCAGCCAACGGAAUCCCGUCGAGCGUAUUCUUCCCACAGACGGAUCCGGAAGAUCGCUUGUCCCAAUGCUCGGCAAGCUUGCAAGCGUUACUUGGUUUAUCACCGACUACUCUGCAUGCCCUCUCCAAGCUGGUCAACAAUGCGGAGAUCGCAGACGAGAUCAUCGGAGUCAUGCGAAACGUGGUGACACAAUUCCCAUCCAAGGGAACCAUUGACAACGAGAGCAUCGACAUUCCAUUGAGUGUACGCUUGUGGAGAGUAUCCGGUUGCCACGAACUGUUGGCAUCGCUUGGAUUCGAUUUGAUGGAGGUCGGACAGGACCAGGUGACUCUGCGAACCGGAAAGCAGGCCAACCGUAGGAACUGUCAGUUCGUCUUACAAUCGCUGCUCGCACUAUUCGAUACCCAAGAAGCUCCCAAGAGUCUUGGAAUCGAAUCUAGUAGCAGUUCGGAAUCAUUGAACGAAGAUAUAUCCGACGAUCCGCAAGCAAAGGCACCAAGUCCAACACCGACAGCUCCAGAGCAGCGCAGCGUGUCUCCUGCCGGAACGGUUAAGAGUCAAGCCAGCUACAAUUUCCCACGACCUCCGUUACCAUUUCGACGAGUUCCAUUCUUGAGUACCAGAAGUGCGUUCAUUUCGUACGUCCGACGCCGCGGUGAACCCGACGGAGGUCAAACGGAGACGUCUGGGCAGGUUCCUAUUGGUGGCCUACAAGCUCAAGCACAGUCACAAUCGAGUAACAAUGCAACCAACUUGGACUCCAGCUUAGCUAACACAACCGAUAGCGAGCUGUCCGAUGGAUACACGACUCAGCAGAUUCUCAUGAAGAGUGACCAUUUGGCCAAGGGACUUGGAUACUCGAGCCUACGAGGAACUAUCAAGGUGUCUCGACCUGGCGGUGGUGGAGAAAGUGACGCGGCAUUUACGCCAAGUCCACCGGUCACCAUUCAAAACGUAGAUUCCAAUGUUUCGCUGGCCUUGGCACACCAAACUCGUAUACGUAAUCUCUACACAAACAACGGAUUAGGCACUUACGGUCAUGAAACUGUUCGCGAGGGCCACCACCAUCAGAAUCCCAAUUUGCGUCGACCGGACAGCUCAAGCUCAGCCAGUUCAGCUACCGAUUGGGAAGGAUCGGGUCAUGCAACCGUACUUCGAAGGGCCAACCAAGGUCAUCAUAAUCUACCACCUCUCCCACCUCCGCGACAAACCCUACCAAUGGUUGAUAGUUUAAGACCUUUAGCACCACUCGCUCCAGUGUACAACAACAUCAAUGGUGGAGCUGUUGGAAAGGCUCAAGCAAACGGUAAAACCCUCAACGUGCUGGAAUCAACCAGUUCAGACUCAGAAUUCGAACGUAGCUUUGAUCUUCCUUCAAGCUCGAAUGCCGCUUCGAUCAGCAGCAAAUUGACCAGCUUAGCGCACAGCCUUCAGAGUAUGCGAAGUCGCAAAUUGAAGAUGCAACCUAUGCAACAACCUCCAACGCACGGCACAUCAACCAUAACUCGCAGCAAGAUGGUCGAUCAGUUCGCGUUCAUGGAUCGCCUCAGCUGUCGAACGGAAAUCUCUUCGUCAACCUUAGGAAACCACGGAGCACCACCGCGGAAACCUCUUUCAACUCUGCCAGAUGACGAGCGUACCUUGAACCUAAAUGCCAGCAAGCUCUACUUCAACCCUACGGAAGCCGAGAUCAUUCCUCUCACCGAAACCCCGGCAGAUUUGGGACUUAACAAAGCUCCCACAACGAGCAUGUCAUCCAGCGUACCUUCGACCAGCGGAACUACCAAGGAGAAGACCAACAACAAGAACAUUCAGGAUUCGAUUCUACGCCAUAUGAGUCGCGAAAUGACUCCAACCAUCUCGGAAGUCUACCACGAGCGCAACAUCGGUCUCGGCCUUGCCCCAUCCCUGUCGAAGCUGCUGCUUAGCAAAAACUACGAAGACUCACCGGAUAUCAAAUCCUCUACGGCAGCCUCCAUGCUCAACAAGCCAAGUGCCCUGACGGUCGGAAACCUAGCCGAAGCAAUGAACGAAAUCGAGAUGAACGCAACUACCUCCACUAAACUGGAGGAAGGUCAAUGCACAAUCUGCAACAGUCCUUCCGAUCUUCUGUGCGGAUGUAGCACCACUUCAACGGUAGCAGCUGUAGCGGCCAUGACGGCAGCCUUGGGAGCAAACACCAUCACCAAGAAGUCCAACUCGAAACCUUGGCUCAGCAACGUAACGCCUAACAUCGUGAAACCCGGUGAUCUCACCACGGCGGAUAUUCUCGAGCAACAGAAGCAGCUCAAGUCCACGGUGAGCGGUCUCACUAGUAAUAUGUCCUCGUCGACAGAGAACUCCCUGUCCACGGUGGUGAAACGAGGCGGAAGUCCCUUCUCGGACCUCUCACGCCGGGACGAAGGCGACGGCCGAAGCGUUGCGGAUUCCCAGUGCUCUGGUAGUUUUCGAACUGACAUUACCGGAUCCACGGUAACGGUCACCACUUCCAAGAGCCAACAGUCGCAGAUUACGGUUAGCGCACAGCCAAGUGGGAGUGGAACCGGAAGUUCCGGACAAUCGCAACAGCAGCAGCAGCAGCAACAACAACAGCAACAGCAAGUGGCUCAAGCGCAACAAGCUUCGAUCGGUGGUUCUUCCGUAUCCAAUCCCAACCAGAGAAGUAAAUACAUCAUCGAUACGUAGGGUACUAGACGAGAAUCCGACUCUUGUAUACAUGACCAGUUAGAUUAGGGGAUAUCUUUUUGUGUAAAAAAAAAUCCAAGCUUUCAAAAGGCUACAAUUGUGACGUACAUGCUAGGUUAAUACAACAUUUGUUGGUUCAAGCAAAUAUGCCUAUUUUGUAUACCCAUGUUUUUAUCUAUGUAGAAUAGAGAUUUUAUCUAGUUGUU